AUGGUCGACUCAACUUCACAAACCCUUCGUUCAAACCUCCCCGAAACCCUCCACAUCCUCCGUCUCGAUCCAAUCCAUACACCCUCACCCGAUUUUUCGUCGCUCCCAAUCCCUUAUACCAUCACCGAACUACCCAAUCCUCCUCCAAAAGGUGACGAACUAAUGACAUAUCUAAAACCCGCCCAUGUAUUAAUCUCCACCCGUUUCUUCCUCACCUCAUCCAUUCUGUCCCAACUACCAAACUUAAAGCAUAUAGCUAUUCUUGCCAUUGGAACAGAUCAUAUCGAUAUCGCUUAUUGUAAAGAACAUGGGAUUUCGGUAUCAAAUGUCCCAGCGGCAAGUAACGAAGCGGUGUCAGAACAUGGGUUAACGUUGUACAUGGCGCUUAGGAGAAAUGUAGUAGGGAUGCAUGAGAGAACUAGAGAGGGAAAAGAAUGGAAGGAAAAGGGAAGUUUAAGUGAGCAUUUCUAUGGGGGAUUGAUGACAGGAUUUAAGGGGGAAGUGGUGGGAAUUGUAGGGGGUGGAGAGUUGGGAAACCGAAUAGCAAACCUUUGUCGAGCCUUAGGAAUGACCGUUCAUAUGUGUGAACGAAAAGGUGUUGCCGAAUCCGAAACUCGUCCAAAUUAUACCCCGUUCACCACCGUCAUGAAAACAAGUAGCGUCCUCUUCCUCUCUCUCCCCUUGACACCCACUACCGAAAAUAUGAUCGCCUCGGCGGAAAUAUCAAUAAUGAGACCAGAUGCUCUCAUCAUCAAUAUCGCACGAGGAGGAAUAGUCAAUGAGGAGGAUUUAGUAGAUGCAUUGAAGCAAGGCAAAAUUGCAGGAGCCGCAACGGAUGUUUAUGUAGAAGAACCAGCCGCCGAAAAUAGUACGUUGGUGAAAGCAGCGAGAGAUAGCGAGUUGCGGGAUAGUGGAAGAUUAAUCUUAAGUCCGCAUGUUGCUUGGUAUGGAAUAAGUAGUGUGGAGAAAUUGAGGAGGGUUGUGACGGAAAAUAUCAAAGGGUGGUGUGAGGGUGUUGGUGGGAAUGUUGUGGGUUGAUUACUUGAGGGGUAAAGUACAGUAUAGGAAUAGAAAGGCU